GGGUCAUAUACUAUACCGUUCUGGAAUAUCCCAACAACCCAAACCCCCCCUACCAGCGUCCCCAUUCCAGGAGGACUCCAGACCCUUCAAGAGGAGAGGACUUGUCCUCCGAGAGCAUCAGUUCAACGACUGAUGAUGAAUCAACAUAUUAUGUGGAAUCUGAAACUCCAGACAACAAGGACAAACCUACAAUGUAUGUUGAUGUUGAACCACAAGCUGAAUCAGAAGUUUACCUGGACACAAUAUCCAUUCAGGACUGGCCAUCAAUAACACUGACCACUGGACUGGCCACUCCUCCUCCGUAUGUGUCCCCAGGACCGUACCAUGUAGAAUACCCAUCAGAGUACAUCUUCAUCCUGGAUGAGCCAGAGAAAUGCCAGGAGCAGAACCACUUCCUGGUUCUGAUGGUGCCAGUGGCGCCCUAUAACAGGGAGGCCCGUGAGGCCGUCCGCAGGACUUGGGGCAGUGAGAGGCAGGUACUGGGCAGAGAGGUCCGUCUAUUCUUCCUGCUGGGACUGUCCAGUGGAGAGGAGACAGAGCAGGUCCAGGAGAAGGUGCUGCAGGAGAGCAAAGAGCACCAGGAUCUGCUGCAGAGCGACUUCAUAGACAGCUACAAAAACCUGACCAUCAAGACCAUGGUGAUGAUGGAGUGGCUGAGCUCUCGAUGCCCCAACGCCUCCUACGCCAUGAAGAUCGACUCAGACAUGUUCCUCAACGUGAACACCUUGGUCAACAUGCUGCUUCACGCUCCAACGCAGAACUACAUGACUGGACUAGUGGCCCGACGGGGAGCCGUUCUAAGAGACCGUAACUCCAAAUGGUACCUUCCAAAGGAGGUGUUUCCUGAACCGGUAUAUCCACCUUAUGCUCUGGGCCUGGGCUAUGUCUUCACCUUAGACCUCCCCAGGAAGCUGGUGGAGGCGUCCAGGCAUGUUAAAGCCGUCUACAUAGAGGAUGUGUAUCUGGGACUGUGUAUGAGACACCUGGGCAUCCGGCCUACUGACCCCCCCAGUGGAAACCUCUUCCAGGGGUAUGCAGGAGCCCAGGACCGCUGUCACUACAUGGCUGUUAUCACGACCAUCCUCGACACUCCUCAGGAGCUUCAGGACGUAUGGAGAAACUUGCACCAACCUGGACCUGUCUGUCAUUGAAAACAACACUCUGGGACAGACAAAUAGCCUUG